CUGGAACUGCUGGAACAAACCGUGGCACUGGAACGACGGCGCAUGUCAGGAAGUGAUGCCGUUAAGGUGUCAUUGGUCGAAAUCGGCGAUCUAUGCUGCGCUACCAAGGUGAACGAUAAACAAAUUAUCUUCUGCACCAACCGGGCCCCCAGCCGGGUCCUUACGGGCCCGUACCCUAAAGGGUGCGUUAGAAAAGGAUCCGAACCGGUCGCGGGCGGUUCAGUUCCUCGUCAGUUGCCAGCCGAAGCGGAUCGGCCAUCCGGAGCAGUUGAGCAGUGCAGCGUUGCGGUAGCGGUUGGUGUGGACAGUGGUGAGCUGGUUGAGAGCUUGUUCCUGGCCGGAGUGGACGGAUACGGUGGUUGGUUGCGCGUGCCAGAAGUGGAAUCGGAACCAAAAGUGGGAGUCCUUGCGAGCGGUGGUCCUGCCGGUAUCUGGAGUGCCGGGAACCGGGCCGAUCGUCGGGAGACAGACCGUGACGGGGAGGAUUCGGUGCGACUCAUCUUUGACACCAAUACUAACAACCGGCGGACGUCUGGGGUGCAGCAGUUCGAGCAGUUCUGCGUCCGGUGCCGUGUGUAUCUGCUGGAACACUUUGCAAAGUUUCGCAACAACGUUGGCGUGAUGUCGCGCCUGAGUGGUAAAGAUUGCGCCCCGAGCUUAGGACUGCGCCACUUAGAAGGUGGUGGCGGCGGUGGUGGAUCAAUAGAUCGCUCCAAAAAGCAACCCUUCUCGAGGCCCUUCAACAAGAGCCGCCUUCUGCACGACUCCCCAACGGUCACCGGUGGUGUUGGUAGUGGAUCAACGGCACCACCACCACCACCAACAAGCUCAGCAACUGGCAGGAUGCCCUCAAGCAGCGGAACCGGAAGCAGUGGUUCGCCACCAAGCGCUGCCGACACUAGCGCCCUCAUCCGGCAGAACAACGAACUACGCCACCGGUUGCAGGAGGAAGCGAACAACUACCGGCGCCGGCUGGACACUUACAAGCAGGCUCAAAACAACCAAGCCGCGUUAGUUAGCCGGUUGCAGGCGAAAGUGUUGCAGUACAAGCAACGCUGCACCGAUUUAGAGCAGUUGCCUCCUGUGACUGGGGGUGUAGGGUGUACGGUUGGGGGUAGUGGACGGUACGGUGGUUCCGGAAGUCGUGAACCAUCCCCGGGUUCAAGACAUCCGCAUCACUCACACCACGGACCACCAUCACCAGCGCCACCGUCUGGUGGUGGUGGUGGAGGGAUCUGUCCGGAUGUGGCAGGAGCAGCAGGUCCUCUUAGCCUGCCUGCCGGGUGUCAAGUUGCACGGGAACACGCCCGAUCGCGAUCUCGCUCGCAGUCACCAUGCCGAAAGUACUCCGAAGGAUCGCACGAUGAAAUUCGCCAUCAGCUGGACGAGGAACGAAGACGCUGCGAAAAACUACUGGUCGAGAACUCCUGCCUGCGGCAGCAGUUGGAAGAGUCUCAUCGCACCAACGAAGCAUUAACGAACGAUCUCCAGAAGCUUACCACCGAUUGGGAAAGCUUGCGGGAUGAGCUGUUGAACAAGGAAGACGAAUGGAAGGAAGAGGAACAGGCAUUUAACGACUACUACAACAACGAGCACACACGGUUGCUGAAAAUGUGGCGCGAGGUAGUUCAGGUGCGCCGCAUGUUCAACGAAAUGACCUCCACCACCAAGAUGGAGCUCGGUCGCAUGCAUCUGGAGCUGUCAGGCACGGUUCGUGAGGUGUCCGGAGCCUGCAGCGGAGUCUCGGUAAACCUGAAGCAAUCAUCCAAGUUCGAAGAAGCACAGCAAAUGCACAUUGAGCGCGAGAACAUGGAGCUCAAAUCGCAACUGGGUGAGCUGCGAAUGCAGUACGAGGCGGCCCGCCAGGAGGUGGGUCAACGUGACCAACGCCUCCAACAGAUGGCUCAGGAGCUGAAGCUGCUCGAGGAUCGCUACACGCAGGUUGACAGCCAGGCAGCUCAAGCACACCGCAUGAACGACGAGCUGGAACGGCUGCAGGCCGCCCUUCGCGACAUUGCCCACGCCGUGGUACAGGACGCGGAAACAAGCGCCUCAGCCGACAUGGCUGCCAGUGGAGUCGGUGGAGGAUGUGAGGGUCAACAUCAUCUCCAUCUUUCGCAACCGAUCGUAUCGCCCGGGGUUGCUCCUCGGUCACCUAAACGUAGUUCCGGUGGAAUUGCCGGUGGUGGAAGCCUACGAGCAUCGCAGGCAUUCGCCGAGGGCACCAUCUCGGCCGUUCAGGCCGCCCUGCACAAGUACCAGCUGGCCAUACACGACCUGCAGGUGAAGCUGCAGACGAACAACGACGCGUUGAAGGCGACACGCAAGCAGUUUGACAGCUGCGAUCACGCAAGGGACACGCUGUCCGGUAAGGUGGCAGAGCUGACGGAAAAGCUCGAUUCGGCCAACCAUCAGCUCUCGGAACUGUACAAGGAGCGGGACAGUCUACAGAAGACGCUCGAUGGGUUGCGCUCGGACAAGCACACGGUGGAGCGCGGCAAGGCGGAACUGAACUCCAUUGUCGAUAGUUUGAACACCGAUUAUGAGAAGCUACAGAACGUCAACAGUAAGUUGCAGAAAAUGUACGACGCGCUGGAGGAGGAGAAGAAGAUGACCGAGUUGGAAUUACAGCGUGUGCAUAAAGAUAAAGACAUCCAGGAAAUGAAUUUGAGAGCGGAGGAAGAACGUUGCAGUCGUUUACGGGAAGAAACCAUCACGCUUCGCGAGGAGCUCAAUAAGCUCUAUCUUUCGCGAGACCUGCUCGAACAGCAGCGCAUCGAAUCAGACGGCUUGCUGAACAUGCUCGAGAAGCAGAAACUGGAGCUGGAAUUCGAACUGGACCGUGUGACAGGUGAACGUAACGAGUUGCACUCGACGCUGGAGAAACGCACCGGCUCCAAUGAACGGAUGGAUCAAGAGAUCCGACAGUUGAAAGGAACCGUAGCUCAACUGGACGAGGAACGCAGCAAAUUGCGUGCUCAAUCUAGCGACCAGGGUACUGAUUUGGCAUCAUUGAAGAAAGAAUUGAUUAGCGCGGAACAGGCCCGGCUUGAUCUCGAUUCGGAGAAGCUGGCCAUCAGCGAGCGGUUGAAAUGUCUUGAGAUGGAGAAGGACAAAAUCGAGGCAGAAUUGAGCUGUGUGGCCCGAGAGCGAAACGAACUUAGCAAUCAGCUGGCGACAAUUUCCCGCAAAAAGGAAUCAGUCGGCGAAGAGGUGAUGCGCCUUCGGCAACGGCUCGAACAAUCCAACGAGAUGAACGGUCGACUGAAUCGGUCUCUCGAGGAGCUGGUAAAGGAGAGCGAGGAGAAGACGGUAACAAUAGAAGGACACGAAAAAGAACUACAAAGAUUACAGGAGCAACUUGCUUCGUUACGCAGCGAAAAAGAAUCUCUGGAAGCCGUCCUCUUCGACACCAACACUUCGCUCGAGGAAACCGAAGCCAAAAAGGACGCACUGGAGCGCGAAAAUCAAGAUCUGCUCAUCAAGCAGGAAUCGCACAAAGCGCUAAUAGCUCGCCUGAACAAGGAUCUCGAAAACGCGGAACGCCGUGCGCAGGACAUCAAGAUCCAGCUGACCAACGCAGCCGCCAACCAGGAGGCCGAGUUUCUACAGAAGCUCUCCGCCCUACGUACGUUCAGUGAGGAAAACAUCAAGAAGCUGAACGAGGAGAAAGAACAGAUCCGUCAAUCCCUCGAGAAGCGCAUGCAACAGUCCUUACAGGCCCUGGAGAGCGCUAAGGACACCGAGAUCCGCCAGUUGCGUGAGCAGUACGAAACACUGCAGAUGCACCUGGACGCGCUAAACCAGCAGCAUGAGGAGGUAAUUUUGCGGGCCGAAAACGAGAAGCAGCAGGCGCUGCUGAUCGCCCACCGGGACAAACAAGCCGUUAUCGAGAAGCUCGAGGUUACGGCACGUGAGCUCAAGAAUGAGCUGGAAAAUGGCGAGCGCUUGAAGCGCGAAAUGGCCGCCCGGCAGGAGAAGGACCGCACCACGAUCGGGUGUUUGCGGGAUGAAAUUUGCAAGAUGCGUACCAAGACGGAAGAGGCACGCAUUCGAGCGGAGGAGGAGCUCAACCGGCUGGAGGUGGUUUCGGGCUCGCUUCGUGAAGAAAAGGACAUUCUGUUGAAGGAUGGCGAAGAGUUGAAAGUGCAGUUGCGCCUGUCCGAGGAUCGUUGCGAUGCAUUGAACCAUCAACUGCAGGAUACGCAUCGGAAGCUCAAGGAAGCGGAAAAUAACACAGACGCCACCAGGAAGGAUCUAACCGACACAAGACGGACGCUGGCGGACAGCAACAUCGAGCGAGACAAGUACGCCAACAGCAACAAGGAGCUUCGGGAUCACGUGAAGCGCGUCGAGGAGCAACGCCGUCAGCAGGCUCGCACCAUCGAAGAUGCACUGAGCAAGAUUUCAUCUCUCGAAGAAACACGAAACGGUCUCGAACAGGACAAGGUGCGCCUGCAGACGAUCCUGAAGGAAACGGAAACGAACGUCGGCAAAUUAAACCAGGAACUGACGGUCGCCCAGUCCGACAUCCAGAAGUUCCAGACCGACACAACGCAAAAGGACGCCUCAGAGAAGGAACUGCAGGCACGGCUCGCGAACGAAAGCGACGAAAAAGAGCGCGUACUGGCGGAACUGCAUCAGAUCAAGAAACAAAUGGCCGACCUCGAGGGAACGUUGUGCGCCACGCGUCAGGAACUCGGUCGGGCACGCUGCAAAGCGAACCAGGACGAACAUCGGUUCCACCAGCGCGAACAGGAGCUGUGUGCACGCACGGAAGAAGGUCGUGGGCGCGAAAAACGCCUCGAGGAUCAGAAGCACAACUUGGAGGUGUGUUUGGCCGAUGCGACACAGCAGAUCCAGGAAUUGAAGGCACGUCUCGGGGGGGCUGAAGGUCGUGUACGGGCUCUCGACGAGCAGCUGGUACAGCUCGAGUGCCAGAAGAAGGAAGUCGAGAACAAGCUCAGCUCGAUCGGACACACGCUUCGACGCAUCGCGGGCAUCCAGAUGGAUGGCUCCGUUAGCCUGCCUUAUCGGUUGAUGAGCCCUUCACGCCGUUACAGCCCAGCACGUGGUGGCACUGGAGGUCGAUCCGAAGCUGGAGAUUAUCCUUCAAAUUCGGCGGCCCAUCAUCAUCAUCACCACCAUGGGCACCAUCAUCACCACGGGCACGAGACACGCAGCCUAUCGGGCGAGAAUGUCCUGAUCGACGUUGACCCGGAGAUGGUACGCAAGGGUGUCCGUGCGUUGAUGCAACAAAUCGCACACAUUGAACGCGAGCGGGAUGACUUCAAGGUGCAACUGUGCACCGCCCGUAAGCAACUGCAGGAAGGUGGUGACGCGCAAGUGCGUCUCGAAGCGAAGAUCACCAAACUACAGCAACACGUGCGCGCCGUACACGAGGACAAAACGAAUCUCGAGGCGCGACUGGCGCAAAAAACGACCGCAUUGCAAUCGGUGGAGGAGACACUUCGUCAGAAGUCAGACGAACUGACGGCUCUGCGUGAGAAGGCGGCUCAGCUGGAGCAAUCUCUCGGUAGCACGACCGAAGAACGGACCCAUCUGGAGGAGCGGUUGGACAAAUGUCGCCAGACAAGUGCCCGGCUUGAAUCCGACAAGCGCCAUCUGCAGGAUGAACUGGCUCGAACGGAAGCACGUGCUUCCAAACUCGAUCUUCAGCGAGUGGCACUCGAGGGUGACAUCCAGCGAUUGCAGAUGGCAAUGCAGGAGAAGGACUGCACGGUACGCAACCAACAGGAACGGCUCGAGAACCAGCAACGUUCGCUGGCACAGCUCGAGGAUCGUUGUGUUGCGCUGAAGAGCACGGUUGACCAGCUAAAGGAGCGUUUGCAGGCAGCAGCCAUCACUGAGACGGAACUACGUGGUGAAAUCUCUGGUCUACAGCGACACAACGCCGAUCAGGGCCACACGUUCGCGCUGGGACAGGAUAAGCUGAAGCAGCUGCAGAAGACACUCACGGGCAGUGAGAACGAACGACGUGUGCUGGCUGAACGGCUUGAUGCUGCUCAGCACUCGAUCAACGAGCUACGGCGAAACCAGCAGGCGGCUCAAGACGGCACGACACGCUUGCAAGAGCAGUUGGCCGAAUGUGAGGUGCAGAAAUCCACACUCGAGAGCCAGCUACGAUUGGCCAAGUGGAACCAGGAGACGAGCGAACAGCUGGCGGCAACGGGUGGUGUGGGUGGUAGUGGUGGAGGUGCCGGAGACCAGGAGCUAGCUCGCCAGCUGGUCAACACACAACGGGAACGUACCGAGCUACGCAACAAGGUGGAGGCGUUGAGCGAGAAGAUCCGCACGCUGGAAGGUGACAAACGUUCCGGAAAGUAUGAUCGAGCAGAGAAAAAGUCCACCGGGGAGUACGAUUCAAACCGGCUUGAAUCAAGCGCCUUUAGCUGUGGAUUGGAUCACAUCCAGCUGGAGCAAGAAAGCCGCGAACUUCGCAUGAAGGUGCGCCGUCUGGAGACGCUGUUGGCGGAGAAGGAAGCGGAACUAGCGCGAUCCCGAGCAAAGCUACUGGAAUCGCCGAGCAAAAGCAGCAGUUUAGGAGGUGGAGCCGGUUCCGGUGCCGAUGUGGAGCGUUAUCGCAGUGCUCAGGUGCAGGCCGAACGACUGCUAGAUGCACGAGAGCAAUCACACCGACAGCAAGUGACCCGGCUCGAGAAUCAAAUCACGAUGCUGCGGGAACAGUUGGCGCAGGAAGCGAAACGUCGCCAGCAGUACAUCCUGCGUAGUUCGCGUGCUGGACGAGAGAUGCAACAGUUGCGGCAGACAAUCGGUGAUUCGUUGAGGAACGUGGCGCAGGACCCGCUCGAUACGGGUUUGCUGGAGAGUGAGGCGCGUCGACUGGAUAGUGCGGUUACGAUGAGCCUGCCACCGACAACGUCUUCUGGGCGAGGCCGGGGAGAGUACGACCGUAGCCUGAGUCCUACGUUCCGUUAG